AUGCAAAAAAAUGAGAACGAGUCAAAUUUAGAAUUAUUUAAUCAAUCACAUCAAGAAGAUGAAUCAGACCUCUUAAACUUAAAUAAAUCACUUUAAGGUGAUGUAUUACAAUAAAAUGAGUCAUUAGAUAAUGAGAAAGGUUAUCGAUUAUAUAAUAAUUCAAAUAAUUAAUAUCAAUCUUAACAAUAUGAUUAAUCACAAAAAUAGGACCAAUCACAAAAGCAGGAUCAAUCAAAAAAAUAGGAUGCCAAAAAAAAUUAAACAACUCCUAAUCUUUCAUAAGAAGAUGCAAUUAUUAUUGAAUAAGGUCCAUUAAAACUUCAAUAAGAAAAAGAAUCUAGCACUCCUGAAAGUAAGGGAUAAGAAGAAUAAAAAAAUCUUUAAGAUCCUUAACAAUAAACACGUAGUAUUUUAAUAAAAGUUUAGAAGAAUUUUAUUUAAAAUAUUAUUUUUUUAAAAAUAUAAAAAGCCAAUACUGAAGAUUAUUUAAUAUUUGCUUAAAAAUUUAAAUUUAUCAUUGGUUAAAAAUGGGUUGAAAUCAUUUAAAUAAAAAAAGAUGAUUAAUUGUAUUUUAGAACAUUUAAUUAAGAAAUAAAAAAUUAUUGCAAUGAACAUAAAAUGCUUUCGCCUUAUUCACAUUAUUUCGAAUAUAUACUAAAUUUUAAGAAUAUGAAUGCCGGAUAAUGUAUCAAAUUUAUUUAAAAUUUGAUUGAAAAAUUAAAAAAUUUUAAUUUUAUUGAAGGAUUAGAAGAUAUUAUUAAAAAGGGAAAUGCCAUUAUUGAUUUUGUUGAAAAGCUCAAAAAAUAAAAGUAGGACUAACAUAAAUAAAUAAAUUUUAAUUAGACUCAUAUGAAUAUUUUAUGCUUUGUUGGAUGGAUUAAUUAGAUAUUUGUUGAUUAAUUGAAUAAAUAAAUUGAAGUUCAUUCUCAUCUUAAGGAUGUAUUUUAAUAUUUAUAGGGCUAAUUAAAUUAAAUAAAAUAUUUAAACAAAUUAGAUGAAACAAAAAAAAAAUUUAUUAUUUACAUCUAUUUUAAAUAUCAUUUAGAAAUCGAUGAUAAACAAUUAGUGGAUUUGUUUAAUUUAAUUUAGAGAUAAGAUUAAUUCAAUAUUCUAAAUGUAAAUGCUGAUAUAAAAAAUGAAUAUGCUGCCUAUAAUAAUAUAUUUUAAUUUGCCUAUUCAAUAGAAGUAUAAGAACCCAAUCAUUUUUUAUAAGUAACUGUUAGAGAAUUUGAAACCUUUAUUAAAAAACUAAAAAAUGGAAAUAAAGUUAAUUAUUAAGUUUAACCUGAUUAAGAAACCAAGAAGAAAAUAUGCAGAGGAAGUUAAUGA